UUGGUCGAAUGCACUCGUCAUGCUCUCUCUCUCUCUCUCUCUCUCUCUCUCUCUCUCUCUCUCUCUCUCUCUCUCUCUCUCUCUCUCUCUCUCUCGCUCGCUCUCUCUCUCUCUCUCUCUCUCUCUCUCUCUCGCUCUCUCUCUCUCUCUCUCUCUCUCUCUCUCUCCUUCUCUCUCCCCUCCUUCUCUCUCUCCAUCUCCCUCCCUCUCUCCGUUUCCCGCGCUGUUCUCGAUGCGCGUGGCCCCUUCACUUGGCCGUGCAGCACGAGACCGCUCUGACGUGAGGCGCACGAGCUGCGAGUGUCUCUCGAACAUUGGGAUCCGGAACUGGUUUGGAUUCCUUUGACACGCGCUCUCUGACGAAACCCCGACCGGUUUGACUUAAUUGGAUUUGAGGAUCACGUUAUUGUCGUUUUUUUACGUUUUCGUGUAUCUGCGGUUCCGCCGAAAAAGUAAUUAGACAUUGGAGAACAACUUGCGCGGAAGUUGACCGUCAAGCAAUUGAGGCAAUUAAGAGUCAAUAAAGGGAGCGUGGUGGGAGGGUGCACUUGCGUGUGUGUGUGCGUGUGUGUAAGUGUGUGUGUAGGAGGGAGGCGCAAAGCGCGAGCGGAACUCCGAGUCCACACAGUAAAGUGAGAACAAACGACCGUUGAAGGAGAACGCGCAAGGACGUGUCUUAAUUGGAGAGUCUUAAUUGGACGGGUCUCAAUUGGACAUGCACCAUGGACGGUAUUAACGGAGCCACCGGCCAGCCUUCGGGACUCUGGCCCCCGUGGAAUGACAACGGCUCCUCCAUCAACCAGACCAACACCCCCUUCACCCCCACUCUGUGCAAUGGCUCCUCCUCCUCCUCCUCCUCCAACGACUCCUCCUCCUCCGUCUACUGCUCCACCCUGGACGGCGCCGCCGCCGCCGGGGCCGGCAGCCCCUACAAGGCCGUGGAGAUGUUCUUCAUCGCCGUGGUGACCGGCUCCCUCAGCUUCGUCACGGUGACGGGCAACAUCCUGGUGAUGCUGUCCAUCAAGGUCAACCGCCACCUGCAGACGGUGAACAACUACUUCCUAUUCUCGCUGGCGUGCGCCGACCUCAUCAUCGGGGCGUUCAGCAUGAACCUGUACACGGUGUACAUGGUGGCGGGCUACUGGCCCCUGGGGCCCGUGGUGUGCGACCUGUGGCUGGCCCUGGACUACGUGGUGAGCAAUGCCUCCGUCAUGAACCUGCUCAUCAUCAGCUUCGACCGCUACUUCUGCGUCACCAAGCCGCUCAGCUACCCGUCACGCCGGACCACCAAGAUGGCCGGGCUGAUGAUCGCGGCGGCCUGGAUACUCAGCUUCGUGCUCUGGGCGCCCGCCAUCCUGUUUUGGCAGUUUAUCGUCGGCGAGAGGACGGUACCGUCCGGAGAGUGUUACAUACAGUUCCUGUCGAACCCGGCGGUGACAUUCGGCACGGCGAUCGCAGCCUUCUACCUGCCAGUCAUCAUCAUGACCGUCCUGUACAUCCACAUCUCCCUGGCCUCCCGCAGCAGGGUGUCCAAACACAAGCCCGACAAGAAGGACAAGAAAGGCAUCAAAACCCCGAGUCUGUUGAAGAGUCACCUGUUGAAGCAGAACAACAACAACGACGCCACUCCCCAACCCAGCCCCCUGCCCAUCAACAAACCCGGCCUGGAGCCCGACUCCACCGGGGUUGCAGAGGAGCUGAAGAACGGCAAGAUCGAGGAACCGAACCCAGCGGAACCAGCUCCACCGUUAGCCCAGCCAAGCCCCGCCCCUACACAGGAGGAGAAGGAGAGCAGCAAUGACUCAUCCACCGCCUUCAUCGCACCUCCGGAGCCCGGAGAGCCCCCCCGUGACGGGCCCCCCAGCGAGGGAGGGGCCUCUGUAGAGACCUCCGCGGCCCCGCCCCCCACCGCCCUGGCCCCGCCCACCACCAGCGCGGUGGGGGCCCGCAUGAACCCCUCGUCUAAGUGGUCCAAGAUCAAGAUUGUGACCAAGCAGGCCGGGGACGAGUGCAUCACGGCCAUCGAGAUAGUGCCCCCGGUGGAGGGCGGGGGGAAGCACUCCAUCGCCAUCAACCGCCCCCGCACCGUCGCACGCAAGUUCGCCAGCAUCGCUCGCAGCCAGGUGAAGAGGAAGAGGCAGAUGGCCGCCCGCGAGAAGAAGGUGACCAAGACUAUCUUCGCCAUCCUGCUGGCCUUCAUCCUGACGUGGACGCCGUACAACGUGAUGGUGCUGAUCUCCACCUUCUGCCAGUCCUGCGUCCCGGACACCGCCUGGGCCAUCGGCUACUGGCUCUGCUACGUCAACUCCACCAUCAACCCCGCCUGCUACGCCCUAUGCAACGCCACCUUCAAGAAGACCUUCAAGAACCUCCUGCUGUGCCAGUACAAGAACAUUGGCACCCGAUGAGCAGGAGGCAUUGAGGAGGGUGGAGCGCAGAGCCACCGAUGGGUGGUGGAGGGGUGGAGAUGAUGAAAAGGGGGGAAUGGUCCUGGUCAAAAGAGGCUAUGUAUGUGGCCUCUCUGUAAAGUGUUCCACUAAUCACUUGUUUCCUUGACUUUGCCCGCAAGGAGACCCAAACCAUUGUUAACUGUUAAUUGACUUAAGUUGACUGGACUUAAGUUACUCAAGGUUAACUUAAUGCAGCCUCUCUGUAAAGUGUUCCACUAAUCACUCGUUUCCUAGACUUUGCCCGCGAGAUGAAAGUCACAGAUUUCACCGCUGGGAGACCUCCACAAGGGGGUGGGGGGGGGUGGUCUCUGGUGCACAGAGGAACAACCGCAACAUCAACCAGCUCUUCACCGGACAAGAUGGAGACUGACGGACUGCCAAUAUGUCUUGUAUAUACGCUGUUAGUUUGUGGGAAACGUUGUUACAGCACUUCAGCCCUUGGUUUCUGGAUUUGCCAGAAUCCACGCAAAUAGCAAGACCCUACUAGUGUAAGAGAACCCCUAAAGUGUGAGGGUCUUAAACACAUAAAAAGCAAGACCCUUAAAGUGUAAAGGUCUUAAACACAUAAAUAACAAGACCCUUAUAGUGUAAGGGAACCCUUAAAAUGUAAUGGUCUUAAGCACAUAAACAACAAGACCCUUAAAGUGUAAAGUCCUUAAACACAUAAAUAACAAGACCCUUAAAGUGUAAGGGAACCCGCUGUUUGACCCAAAAUAACAUGUGUCUUCGAAGAAGGAAGGGGGGAGUGUUAUCCCCGUGGUAACAAACCACGGCGCAAACAAAGGCAACAUACACCUCGGCGACCGCCGUCGCGUUCAGUUUUUAGAACGAGGGACGCUAUGUGUGAAAUGCGCCACACGUCAUUAAGUUCUACCAAAAGUGUUGCAGCCGCGGACAUCAUCAUCAUCAUCAUCCUCGUCUAUCUGCCCAGACGGAGCUCCCCCCGCCCCACUUACUUCCUCCUCCACAUCCUGGUGAAUCCCCAGAGGAGGAGGAGACCGCCGCCUGUGUUCAGCAGAGGGUAACGCUCCCAAACUUGAUGCAAGAGGCACAGGAUGCAACUCAGGUUUAUAAAGGACGCUCUUAUUUUGGUAACGGUGACAAAAUGGCACUGUUGUUAAUUAAGACCACGUUUCAAAGAUUUGGGGAUAACUAAUACUGUACUAUACUACUAUAACUAAUAAUGAUACUUCAACAAACACACUCAAUAACCUACAUAUGUAGUAGUGGAUAACGUACAACCAAACUUACCUGGUAGUGACUAGUACCCCUAACCCGACCAAAGAACAAUAUUCAUAGUUAAUUUAUUCUCUUGUUAGAGGUUGCUGUGCUGUAGUGAUGUUUUGCUCACAUGUACCUCGUUACUCUUGAACCACACGGUGUGUAUAUAGUUUGUACAUUUCUUGAAAAUAACAUGAACACAGAGGAAAUAAUCUAAACAUUCAUCGAGAGUGGAGGAAGAACAAGCAUAAAGGAGGGAGAGAUCUGGAUUCUGGAUUGGAGGAUAUUUGAACUGGGGAAGAACGUGUAGACAAAUAGAAAGACGCAAAGAAUAUAUGUACUCCAAAUAUCAACUCUGUUUGGAACAAGAGAAAAGUAAACAUUUUAUCAUUCUACAGACAGGGAACUGAGAAAGCCUUUGUAGAAUUAGGGUGAGCUCAUGUUUGGAUACAAAGACGGAUCCAAAGGAAUAUUUGAACACUCGAACCAGGACAGACUCGGAGUACGUUUAACAGCCGGAGAACUGACGACUCAUUGCAGGGUGUUUCUGAGCUCAACUCAAAGUGCAUGUUAACCAUUUUCCUUAAGACUCAGUGAUCUAGACAUGUCCUGCUGUCUAAGCAGCUCAAGCUUAGCGGUUUAUUACAACUCACUAGGGAAUACAGGAACGGUUUGGAUCAUGGAAAUCAGGAUUUUAAUAACACACAUCUGAAAUUUGUCAUGACGAAUCAUCCACAUGGAUCAAUUGAUCUGCUGUCAAGUGUUUUGUACCAUCGACACUAAUGAAUCCAGAACCACCACCGAAGGAUGUGAUGCUAACUGAAUGGUGCCAUGCCGUAAUUCCGACGCCUCAUUGUUCCGACGUCUCAAUGUUCCGAAAUAUUUCCCAUUAGAUCGACAUGCCACUAUUCCGACGGUUCAUUGUUCCGAAAACGAAACCCAUUGGUCCGAAGGUCCGUUAGUCCGACUUUUCGAAAAGGAGGCGCAUUAGGCAGACGGUUCAAUAUGCUGAAUAGGAAAAAUUGUUUUAUACCUCGCUCGCUCCCUCUCCCUCUCUCUCUCACUCUCACUUUCACUCUCUCUCUGUCUCCAAAAUACAACCUAGGCCUACAUAUCACGUUCACGAUGAAUUUUGGAGGGCAAAAAGACAAUGCUUCACUUCAUUUCGACACGGUGUUGCAGCACCAUGGGCAGAGAGCGGAGGUCUAAUUCUCAACACGGGCACGAACACACACACACACACACACACACACACACACACACACACAGAGUGAGAGGGAGAGUGAGAGUGAGAGGGAGAGGGAGCGAGCGAGGUAUAAAACUCUUUUUCCUAUUCGGCAUAUUGAACCGUCGGCCUAAUGCGCCUCCUUUUUGAAAAGUCGGACUAACGGACCUUCGGACCAAUGGGUUUCGUUUUCGGAACAUUGAACCGUCGGAAUAGUGGCAUGUCGAUCUAAUGGGAAAUUUUUCGGAACAUUGAGACGUCGGAACAAUGAGGCGUCGGAAUUACCGCCAGGCCCCAACUGAAUAGUAGAGCCCUCCAUUUUGCCCAUCAAAUCUCUUCAUGCCUGACAAAACUAUGGACACCUCUUCCUUUUUCAUGUGAUGUGGAAUGCAAAUAAUGAAGUUGUACCACUAAUCAUGGAGUAAGUAGUACUUAAUCAAGCCCUCAGACAUGUUGGAACCAAACUGUAGCUAUGUCGUGCUACACGCCAGCUAAGGGACUUUACCAGGGGUUCUCCAGACAAGAACUCACGGGGGUGGUGGUGGUGGGGGUGUUGAAACUGGUUUAUGUUCCAGUUUGUAGACAAUGAUCCAUGACUCUGGUCCACCAUGCAGGAGUUCCCUCCCUGAGGCCACGUUUAUACGUAGCAGGGUAUUUAUAGAAACAAAUAUUUCCCCCCCUCCGUUUUCAAAAAUAACAUUGUGCACACAAUAUCGUUUUCAAAAAAGUUGUCGUUUACAUCAAAACGCAUAAAUACGCCGUUGAGUGCAAUUAAAGCCAUGCAAGUCAAUCAGAAUCCGCAGAAUCAACAACAACGAAUAACACGAGCGUCUUCCUGUAACAAACAAACUGUAAACAUAGGGCGCUCAUAUGACGUUAAGCAUUUCCUGGCGCAUAAUGUGACGCUUCAGAACCUAAAACCCUGUUUCCCCCCGUUGACACGACAACCCAUAACCGGCGUUUUCAGAAAUCUCCACUUUGGCCGGAGUUUUUAAAAAUGAUCGUUUUCUGUGACAAAAACAGCGUUUUCGUGUAAAUGAGAGGCCAAACCGCGUGGAAAUAUCUGAGUUUUCCCUUCGUGUAAACGGGGCCUGAGUGUGUUUGGUGACGGCUGAUUUACCCUGUGGACCACUGAUUGGUCAACGAGCACCAGGUGUGCCGCCUCCCCGGCUCUAAGGUCCAAUCAGACUCAGACCAGGUGAGGCUGCUGGGACCAGACACCUCCACACACACUCUCCCACCAUCAAACACAUACUCUGAUCUCAGUGUAGAAUCAUCUCUACCACCAUAGACAUUUGGUCUGGAGAUAAACUCCAGAAGAACCGUGGACCUGGCCGGACAUCUUCAGUAGGAUAACCAAUAGGCUCACAGCCGCAAUUCCACAGAGGCCUACAUUUUAACGCUGUGAUAAUUUGCCAUUCCCCGAUCAUGGAAUCCCACCUGUAUCCCAAAAAGUCUCCUGACAACAUCUAACAUCUCGUCUAUCAAAUCUAGUCUGUCAAAUGGAAUCAAGGAAAAACUCAUUAAGCACAAACAGACGGCCAUGUCUGAGCCGACAUGAAACCCUCUACACCACCAUGGCCCUCUUCAUCAUCACCCUCCUCUUCCUCUGUGCUGACCCUAUGGCAGGACAUGGUCACAUGACGCGUUCAUAAGCUCCUCCCACCAUCUUGGCACCUCCCACUGGGAUUCAGGCUGGAACGUCUGAAUCCAAAAUGGCGUUGGAAACUUGACCGCUAUACGUACUGUAAAAACUGUAAAGAAACGUUUUUUGGUUUUAUGAACUGUAAUUGUGGAAUUAAUUGGGACACACACGCACGCAAACAUGCAAACACACAUACAACACACACACACACGCACACACUAUUCGUUCAAUUGAAAUAAUAUCGGACACACUACUGCUUGUGGUUUUUAUUUUGGUUUCUAUUUAAUUAUUUAUUGCAGAUAAUGUACAGGCUUGACCAUUCGCGUAUAUUCUAGACUUUGGGACAGCGUCUAAUUAGUAACUGAUUUCUAUGGAUCGUUAACUAUUGCCUCAUCACUCCUAACCAUGUGAUAUGUACAGAAUGAUCGGAUUACUACAGGAUUCAUGAAUAUAUAAAUAUCCAGAAACAGAAUCUAUACAUCAUCAAUUCGAAAGCUUUCUCCCUCUCUUUCUCUCUCUCUCCAUCUCCCCCAAACCUCUGCUCCCUCUCUUUCUCUCUCCCCCAAACCUCCACUCUCUCCCUCUCUCUCUUUCUCUCUCCCCAAAACCUCCCCUCCCUCUCUUUUAAUGCCUGGAAUAUGAACAUCAUUGUGUGUGUGUGAGGUCACAGCUGUGAUAUAAUACGGAGUCAAACCUUUACAGAGUGAGAUUGCCGGUCUUACCAGCGCCUACCCAGUGCCUAAAUGAUGCGGUCUUGUUCCUCCAAAUGAUGCGUCAUGUUCCUCCAAAUGAUGUGUUCAUGGUCCUCCAAAUUAUGCGUUCAUGUUCCUCCAAAUGAUGCGUUCAUGUUCCUCCAAAUGAUGCGUCAUGUUCCUCCAAAUGAUGCGUUCAUGGUCCUCCAAAUGAUGCGUUCAUGUUCCUCCAAAUGAUGCGUCAUGUUCCUCCAAAUGAUGCGUUCAUGGUCCUCCAAAUGAUGCGUCAUGUUCCUCCAAAUGAUGCGUUCAUGUUCCUCCAAAUUAUGCGUCAUGUUCCUCCAAAUGAUGCGGCAUGUUCCUCCAAAUGAUGCGUCAUGUUCCUCCAAAUGAUGCGUUCAUGUUCCUCCAAAUGAUUCGUUCAUGUUCCUUCAAAUGAUGCGUUCUUGUUCCUCCAAAAGAUGCGUUCACGUUCCUUCAAAUGAUGCAUUCAUGUUCCUCCAAAUGAUGCAUUCUUGUUCCUCCAAAUGAUGCGGUCUUGGUCCUCCAAAUGAAACGUUCAUGUUCCUCCAAAUGAUGCGUUCAUAUUCCUCCAAAUGAUGCAGUCAUGUCCCUAAAAAUGAUGCGUUCAUGUUCCUCCCAAUGAUGCGUUCUUGACCCUCUAAGGAGGCAGAAAUUCUGUAAAAACGAAUAUUGAACUGAUUCUAUCCACUUAUAGUUGUAUUUAAUCCAAAAAUAUAAGGUUAAGAUGAAAAGGAACUCGUUUUUAUGAAUUAAUGUAUUCUUUAUUUGUGUAAUUAUUAUUAAUAAGUGGGUCUGUUCUAAGUGCUGUUACUUAAGACGCCGGCACCUAAAGAUAAAUUAAUAUGCAAACUAUACAGUGUGAAUAAUUAUAGGUGUUGUCAUUGAGUUUAAACGAUCAUUAAAGGAGGAGUCGAAAUCUCUUCCUGGUACCAAUUAGCAUUAAGUGUGAUUAUAACACGGUAAGGAACAUACAAUUAUAGUAACAAUUUGUUUGAGAAAUCCAUCAGCUAUCAGUGAGUUAGAUGCUUGGUCGAGUAUCUGGUUUGAAUUGACCGUGCCUGCCUCUAUGCGUCAAUUAAGAUUUGGUAACGGCUAAUUUCUGACCAAUCAGGGCCCGGUUAACCGAUAACGUUCACUCAGCGCACUACGAAGACUACGUUUAGACUUAUCAAAGUUGUUUACCUCUAUAGGCAUGUUUCCCGAACGGAGGAGUCACUGCUUACGUUGUUUGUUCGUAAAAGGCGCUGUCCAAAAAGAACGUGCUGAAAACGAUUGCUCAGAGAUUAAUUUUCCAUUUCAUGUGCAGUUGAAUGACAGCGUUCUAAAAGAUAUUGCA